AGCACGGAAAUGUUUAUGUUUUUCCGGCAUUCUAGCAAACAGUAUAAAGUCAACUUUAACAACGACACUUACUAGGCCUAAAGGGCCUACGUUGUUCUAUUUGCAGAUGGCUCUCCUCUCUCUCUUCAUGUUUCUCUCCAUGCUAUCAUCUUUGUGUGACUGCCACCCUCAAUCUGCUGGGUCCAUGAGGUCAAUGGCUGUAUCCAAUCAUACUGCAAGGAAAGACUCAGACGUAGCUGCAGAGGUAGCAGGUUACGCUGAUGUGGCCAAACAGAUAAUUGACCUGGCUGUUUUUGGAGCUGCCCAGAACCGCUCUUACAGACGGCUGGCCGACUUCACCGACACCAUCGGGAACCGUGUCAGUGGCUCACAGAACUUGGAGAUGGCCAUUAAAUACAUGUACAAUGCUAUGACACAGGAUGGGUUGGACGUACAUUUAGAGCCAGUCAAAAUCCCACAUUGGGUGAGAGGGAAGGAGAGUGCAGAAAUGAUUGCACCCAGGGCCAAAAGUCUGGCUAUACUGGGACUUGGUAGCAGUGUUGGGACACCACCUGAGGGUAUCAAGGCAGAGGUGUUGGUAGUUCAGUCUUUUGAUGAACUGAAGCAAAGAGCCAGCGAAGCAAUUGGGAGGAUUGUAGUCUUUAACCAACCAUUUGUCAGCUACGGGGAGACGGUGGCUUACCGUGCUUAUGGCGCCUCUGAGGCAGCCAAAGUGGGGGCUGUGGCCACGCUCAUUCGCUCUAUUACGCCAUUCUCUAUUAACAGUCCCCACACAGGUUUGCAGGACUACCAAGAUGGAGUAAAGCGCAUCCCUUCUGCCUGUAUCACCGUGGAGGAUGCUGAGCUGAUGUGGCGUAUGGCUCAGAGAGGGCAGAGGAUCGUGGUCAGACUCACAAUGGGAGCCAAGACUCUGCCGGAUGCUGACUCCUUCAACACAGUGGCUGAGAUACCAGGCUGGGAACACCCUGAGCAGGUUGUCUUACUGAGCGGCCAUUUGGACAGUUGGGAUGUGGGUCAGGGCGCCAUGGAUGAUGGAGGCGGAGCCAUGAUUUCCUGGGAGGCCCUGUCACUCAUCAAGGAAUUAGGUUUGCGUCCAAGGAGAACCCUGCGGGCGGUGCUGUGGACCGCUGAGGAGCAGGGGGGUGUCGGGGCGCAGCAAUACUUUGAUCUACACAAGGUGAACAUGUCAAACUUUGACCUGGUCAUGGAGUCUGACAUGGGGACAUUUACCCCGGAGGCUCUGCAGUUUACUGGCAGUGAUGCAGCACGAAAGGUGAUGGCAGAAGUGGUUAAACUGUUGGCUCCCAUUAAUACGACCAAACUGGAGGCACACGGAGAAGGGACAGACAUCUCCCCGUGGUUAAAGGCAGGAGUACCAGGUGCGAGCCUCCAUGUGGCAGACAGUCGAUACUUUUGGUUCCACCACAGUGAAGGCGACACCAUGAGCGUUCAGGACCCUCAAGAAAUGAACCUCUGCUCGGCAUUGUGGGCCGUGGUCGCAUAUGUGGUGGCCGACCUACAGGACAUGUUGCCCAGGUAACCAGUUCAGGAUGCUGAGCUGACCUGAACAGCACAAGAUCACUGUGAACUGGACGGGUUCAUUUUAAAGGUCCCAUGUCAUGGCCAUUUCUACUGUAAUAACCGGAAAAGCAUGACAUGGGACCUUUAAACAAACAGUCAAAUCAAACUUAUUUUUUUAUUUACAUGAGAUUGAAUGGUUUGAUUCAGGGAGUCUUUGUUUACACAGUGAAUGUGAAUCAUACUCAGAUAAAGGAGUGUAUCCAAGAGUGGAUUAAAAGUAGAAUGUUGCAUGAUUUCAGCACAAACCUGUUUUAUUUAUUUUUUCAUUUUACAAUAAAAUACAUUUGUCAUUGCAACAAUAAGUUUGUUUGAGAAUAAAGAUCCAAUAGAUUUACAUAAUGUUUUUACUCUGGGCGGUUCCAUGGUUAUCUUAAAUCUUAAGCAAGAUAACCAGGACUAAAAUAGGCCAUGUAAAAUCAACAUAGCACAUGCUGAUAUGACCAUUCUACGAAAUGUUUUAUACUGAUUUUGAGCAGAGAAGAGCACACUGCUUAAAACCACAGAAACAUUUUAUCUUGUUCAUGGAAAAGCUCAUUUAAAAAGUAUGGUUUACUGACUGGGACAAGAAACCAAGAAAGUUAGAAUAGUGGACUUGCUUAGGUACUUUAUUUUUCUGAAUGUUUUUAUCUUUUGGGCUGAGAAAUCAAACAGGCAACAACAAUGAGCUAAUAAAUAAGUAUUAUGAGACAAUGUGGAACUGUUUAAAUCUGUAUCUGUCUGUAUGCAUUUAUAUUGUGCGCUGACAAAUCAAACAGGCAACAGCAAUGAGCUAAUAAAUAAGUAUUAUGAGAAAAUGUGGAACUCUCUAAAUUCCCAAUGGUUUCAUCAAUUUCAAGAAGAAUAAGAAAGAAGAAUGACCUCAUCUUAACAUUUACAGGAUAUUCGGUAAUAUUUAACACACCAUUGCCGUGUUGUAAUAUGAUAAUUGAAGUAUUAUCGUUUGCUUUACCACGU